GAUUCAGAAUUAAGAAACGCUAUGCCAUAAGAUUUGUGUUGCUGACGUGAUCAACGGAACUCCAAGGAGAUGGAUCGACCGCCGUGGCGGAGACUCGAGGGCAAGGUAGUGAUGGUCACCGGCGCCUCCUCCGGCAUCGGCCGCGAGAUCUGCCUCGACCUCGCCGCCGCCGGCUGCAGGGUCGUCGCUACCGCUCGCCGGAUCGAUCGCCUUCGAUCCCUCUGCGACGAGAUCGACGGCCCCGGUUCGCCGUUGCCGCCACCUUCCUCCUCCUUCUCGGCCCGCUCCGCCGCGCGGUCCGUGGCCGUUGAGCUCGACGUGAGCACCGGGGGAUCCGUGAUCGAGGCAGCGGUCCAGAGGGCGUGGGACGCCGUCGGCCGCAUCGAUGCGUUGAUCAACAAUGCAGGGGUUCGAGGUGGUGUUUACUCCCCACUAGAUUGGCCGGAAGAGGACUGGAAUGCCACUUUUGCAACUAAUCUGACUGGCUUAUGGCUAGUAACCAAGUAUGUAUGCAAACAGAUGGUUAAUGCAAAGCUGAAAGGAACUGUGAUCAACAUUUCUUCUAUUUCUGGCCUCAAUCGUGGGAAGUUGCCUGGAGCCAUAGCAUAUGCUGUCUCAAAGGAAGGUGUUAAUGCAAUUACUAAGGUUAUGGCUUUGGAAAUGGGAGUCCAUAACAUCAGAGUGAACUCAAUAAGCCCUGGGAUAUUCAAAUCUGAGAUAACAGAGAGCCUCGUGCGGAAAAAGUGGAUCAAUAAGGUUGCAACAAAGAUAAUCCCUUUGAGAACAUUUGGUACAUCAGAUCCGGCAAUUACAUCAGUCGUCCGCUAUCUGAUCCAUGACUCAUCUGAAUAUGUAACUGGAAAUAUCUUCAUCGUUGAUGCAGGUGCCACUCUACCAGGGUUUCCCGUCACCUCCAAUAAAAAGCGCCCGAUCUUUCACCCUUGUUUUCCUUCGCCGCGUGCCAGGGUUUCGUCCUCCUCUCGCUCUUCCCGGUCUAUCGCUCUUGCAAUGGCGGCGCCGAAGAAAGUGAGGGCAGCGAGCCGGAACCCUAGCCUGAUUCGAGGCAUCGGGAAGUUCUCGAGGUCGAAGAUGUACCAUAAACGCGGGAUCUGGGCCAUCAAGGCCAAGAACGGCGGCUCCUUCCCCCACCACGACCCGAAGCCCGCGGAGCCCGCGCAGUCGUCCGCGAAGCCCCCGAAGUUCUACCCCGCGGACGAUGUCAAGACUCCCAUCCCCAAUCGCCGCAAGCCCAAACCUACGAAGCUCAGGGCAAGCAUCACUCCGGGGACUGUUCUGAUCCUUCUCGCUGGUAGGUUCAUGGGAAAGAGGGUCGUCUUCCUGAAGCAGCUGCCUUCCGGACUUCUUCUGGUUACCGGCCCCUUUAAGAUUAAUGGAGUGCCUCUAAGAAGAGUAAAUCAAUCUUACGUCAUUGCGACAUCUACCAAGGUUGACAUAUCGGGAGUCAAUGCUGACAAGUUCCAUGACAAAUACUUCGCCAAGGAGAAAAAGGAGAAGACAAAGAAGGGGGAAGGUGAAUUUUUCGAGACUGAAAAAGAGGAAACCAAGUCUCUCCCUCAGGAGAAGAAGGAUGACCAAAAGGCUGUGGAUGGCCCAUUGAUAAAAGCCAUCGAAGCAGUCCCAGACUUGAAGGCCUACUUAGGUGCUAGAUUUUCGCUUAGGUCAGGAAUGAAACCUCAUGAGCUUGUCUUCUAAAUAUAAAAGUUUUUUCUCCAUUUCUGUUUGAUACAAUUCUAUUUUUCAAACUAGUUGGUAUGUGCAAUACUUUUGACUGUCAAGAAGAAUCUCGAGUUUUUGUUUCGUGCUCA